AUAUUGCCGUGGAGUUGCUGCAGAAAGUGGCUCCCAGCCCUAUCCGCAGGCUCCAGAAGAAAUACGUGUCUCAUGUAUCUCGGGAAGCCUGCAUCUCGCCCUGCUCCAUGAUGCUGGCACUGGUUUACAUUGAGAGACUCCGGCACCGGAACCCCGAAUACCUCCAGCAGAUCUCAUCUUCAGACCUCUUCCUGAUCUCCAUGAUGGUUGCUAGUAAGUACCUGUAUGAUGAAGGUGAGGAGGAGGAGGUGUUCAAUGACGAGUGGGGAGCAGCAGGGAAGGUGGACGUCCAGACCAUGAACACACUGGAGAUGAAUUUCCUGAGCGCCAUUGACUGGAGUCUCUACACAGACCCCCGGGAACUGUUUGAAGUGCUGAGCUGGCUGGAAGGACGUGUGGCAGAAAAGCAGGGCAUGUGGCGUGGCUGGUUCACCUACACGGAUCUGUGUGUCCUCAUGGAGCAGUCCACAUGGCAGCACGUGCUGGGCCAGUUCUACCAGCAAGUAGUGAAGCUGGCCUGUCUCCUGGGCGUGGUGUACCUGACCGGCUUCGCCGCUGUCUUUGCCUCCGUCACCGUGGUGCACCG